GCAAGAGAAGUGGGCAGAAUGGGCAACGCGAGGCGAGGCCACUGCGGUGCGGGGCGGAUCGUGCGGCAACCCAGUUCAGUAGUGCUCGGCCAGCCAUGGAGCGUGGAGGGUGUGUCGGCUGCCAGCACGUGUCUCUCUUACUGCCCCUGUGCUGUUCUUUCCGAGCUGCGUGAGUCUCGGGAUAACCUCCACUCUUAGUUUAUGCGGCAAGGUGCAAGUGGCGCCAGAAUUCAUAAUUGGGUUGUCUGCUUGAAGGCGCCAAGUCGCUGUUGAGACACUUGGCAAACUCAAAACUUUUCUUUGUUCAUCUCCGUCUUUAAGAACGUUUAGUGUCGUAGAUUAGAACCGUAAAUAAGUAUUCAUAAGUAGGUAGAGGACAUAACAUCAGCACGCCAAGGUUGCUUAACUUAAUAUCCGCGGCGGAGAAGGUUGAUGAGAAACGUUUAAGUUAAUCGCUGAUCCCGCCCACGGCCUGGCGGGAACCCUAAACUGAAACAAAACUUACGAACUCUUGCAAACAUGUCUCUUUAGAAAAUACUGGAAGGAGUGGAUUUACGUGCACGACUUGUUGACUAUUAGAAAUUGAGACAGGUGUUGGGAGACCUUGUCUGGAGUGUCCGCCUGGACAGUGCCACACACGGCGCGGGAUGGAGGUCCUCACCACAUGCCUCGCCUCCCUCCUGCUGCUCCACCUCUCAGGUGGCCUGGCGGGGGCGCUGGCGGAGGAACACAGUGAGGUGGUGGUGCAGCAGGUGGACGUCCCUGGCGUGGUGAACCUGGGGGAGAACGUGGAACUGGAGUGCCACUAUGAGAUCAGCGGUAACCUGUACUCCAUCAAGUGGUACCUGAACGACCGGGAGUUCUUCAGGUACCAGCCCGAAGAGGAGACCAACAUCAUGAUCUUCCACAUCCCCGGAGUCAACGUUAAUAGAGAGAUGUCCGUGGGGCGCCGCGUGAAGCUGGACAACGUUCAGCUGGGCGCCUCCGGGAUGUACAAGUGUGAGGUCAUCGGCGAGGGUCCGCAGUUCCUCACGUCAGACAAACACGCCAAGAUGAUGGUCGUCAAGAUCCCGGAGGAGAAGCCCACAAUUUAUGGUACCCAGCACGAGUACAAGAUUGGGGACACUGCUCGCCUCACCUGUGUGUCCGCGCCCUCCCAUCCCCCGGCCAGCCUCACGUGGUACAUCAACGACAAUAUUGUUCCAGAGAAGUACGUGACGCCCAUGGACGACAGCCACUCCCUGGACGGCAUGGUAGAGGCGCGCCGAGUGCUGCAGUUUGUGGUGGGGCCUCAGCACUUCGUGAACGGCCAGAUGAAGCUGCGCUGCUCCGCCAGUAUCUCCACCCUGUACUACAAGACGCAGCAGCACAGCGUGGACGGCCAUCACCCCUAUAACGUGCCCGUCAUGGAGUCCCGCGACCAUUCCGCUAUGGCAGGAGCAGACAAAGCACGCCUCCCCGGCAGCGGCUGUCAUUUGGCGGUGCUGGUGCUGGUGACGCUUACUGUGGGCACUCUGCUGCAGGCUACCCUCAGCUGACUCUUCAGCGCUCCUCACCACCUUAAUUCAUAAACUUUUGUCUGGGAGAAGCAACAGCACGCAUGCUUGGGAUAGUCGACACUGAAUAUUUACUCACGAGGCUCAAAAUUAUGUCGUAAGUCGUCAGUGUGGAAGAAGGCGCCGAUCCCAUGAGAAGAGGAAGAGCCGCGUGCGGGGUAGCGAGGCUGGCGCCGCGACCCCUGGUCGGACGCAGCCAGGUCAUCUCACAGCAGUUCGGCCUAAUCAUUCGUGGCGGUGGAUGGCGUGGCAUUCUUGAAGAAUAUCAUGUUACACCACUGAACUACCAUAAAAAAAACAUUUUAUAAGUAUUUAUGUACUACUUGUCCAGCGUAAGGGUGAGUUACAUUAACUACUUCCAGGUUCUGUGUUUGUAUGUGCUGAACAAACGUGAUAUUUGCUCCAUGUGUUUAGGGAGUGUCUACAGGUGUACCAGAAUGUUGUGGUGCAGGUGCUCACUGCAGCACUGCAGCACUCUUGACAAACCAAAGACUGUGAAGCUGUUCAUUAUUAAGAUGGUGCGUGUCGCUGGGGACUGAUUUCAGUGAUUUAAUUUUGUGCACAUAGACAUUUACUACUUCAUAAUGACCAUAUAUACAUAUAUAUACUCUACGUAUAUAUUUUAUAUAAUGUUAUAAUGUAUUGUACUGGUGAGUAUAUAUAUGUAUGGGAAACAUGCUUUAGCUCUACAUGGUAGCGACAGCUUUCCUUCCUUUUAGGUGUCCCGUUCAGGUGUGUGCGCCGCGAGGGGCAGAAAGGUGUGGACAGGUGCAGGUAGCACGGUGAUGGUGUGAAGAGAGGAAGGUGAGGGAAGCGAUGGGGACGGGAGGCUGCGGGGUGUGAUGUGCGGGGUGAGGCAGAGGCGGCCACCAGUGAGGAGUGUUGACCAGUCAGCUGUGUUGAGUCAUUAUCCACCUCCAGUUCCGGAGAAGCAGACAUGUAUAAUUUUUAAGAAUUCUAUGUUAAUGGAAAAUGUUAUCUAUAGUUUAAAAUGUUGCUAAGAGUAAAGCCAGUGAUGAUAUCUUGCAUUGAGAUGUUCUUGUAACCUUUUAGCUGUAAGUAUUAUUAUCAUGAUUAUUAUUAUGAUUAUUAUUAUUAUCAUCAUCAUCGUGAUUAAAGCAUAAUUAACAUGUUUGCAAAUGGACACAAUCUAUAUGUUCUACAUCGAUAUGUAUAUACAAUUUUAAUGUUCAGAUUUUUAUGUAUAAAUAUAAUAUAUAUCAUAAAAUAA